AUGUCAAAUUUCUCCCAAUUUCGCUUUCUACCACUCCAUGGAAGUAAGACUAGCAACUAUUAUAUGGCCCUCCUCCUAUUAGGGCAACUACUAAGACUGGCUCGCCGAGAUCGACAGGAAAGACAACUAAAACUCAAACUGCAGGAAAGAGAGAAAGAGGGGGAACUAGAUGAGCUUACUACUCCAACUGUAACUGGAUCGAAAAGAGAGUGGACUGAGCAUCUUUUUCCAAUUUCAAAGAUCUAUCAAAGCCCAUUUGAAAUGAAGACUCCUGCUCUGCUUUCAAACUUUCCAACUGCAUGUGAGUAA